AAUUUUUCCGUAUGAUAAUCAAUAUAUUAAGUGAAGACAUAAAUUCCAAACAUAACUUGGUUAUUUUUUAAUCAAAAUAUUUUAUAGUUUCAAAAUUGUCGUGUAGUUGAUUAUUUCCAAAGUCAGUGUAAAGUUAGUAAAGCUGACAUGGUUGGUAACACUAAAAUUACUGUCAAACUUAUUUCAAAGUUAUUGAAGUACGAAUUUUCUGAUUUAAUUUUGUUUACAAAAUUAUUUUAUUGAAUUUUUUUCAUAGAUAAAUACAAGUUUUAUGGAAAAGAUAAAUUUAAAUUAGUAUUUGGUUAAUUUAAUAUGGCUAAUAGAACAGUUAAAGAAGCGAAAAAUGUGCACGGAACUAAUCCACAAUAUUUGAUUGAAAAAAUCAUUAGAUCUCGUAUAUAUGAUUCAAAAUAUUGGAAGGAACAAUGUUUUGCUCUGACUGCAGAAUUGUUGGUUGAUAAAGCAAUGGAAUUACGAUUUAUUGGUGGCGUGUACGGUGGAAAUAUCAAACCAACGCAAUUUUUAUGUCUAACUUUAAAAAUGUUACAAAUUCAGCCAGAAAAAGAUAUCGUUGUUGAAUUUAUAAAAAACGAAGAAUUCAAGUAUGUUCGUGCUUUAGGUGCAUUUUAUUUAAGAUUGACGGGAACUGCUUUGGAUUGUUACAAAUACUUGGAGCCACUUUAUAAUGACAACAGAAAAUUGCGUCGCCAAAAUAGGAGUGGACAAUUUGAAAUAGUGUAUAUGGACGAUUUUAUUGAUGAACUUUUAAGAAGCGAUAGGGUUUGUGACAUCAUUUUACCUCGAAUACAAAAAAGAUCAGUUUUAGAAGAAAAUAAUGAAUUAGAGCCCAAAGUUUCAGCCUUGGAUGAGGAUUUAGAUGAAGAAAUUCCUAGUGAAGAUGAAGCAGAGAAAGAAGAAAUCUUGAAGAAAUCAAAACAUAAAAAGAAAGAACGUUCAAGGUCAAGAUCUAUAGAAAAGGAUAGAAAACGUGAUGAGACUAAGAAAGAUCUAGAGAGCGAGAAGAAAAAAAUUUUUGAAAGAGAAAAAAAUCGGGAUCGUCAAGUCAGAGAACGUGAUCGAGAACGGGAAAAAGAAAGAAGAAAAUACGAAAAAGAGCGAGAUCGUAAAGAUCAUAAUUAUCGCAAUGAUAGGGAUGUGGAACGUGAUUACAGAAUAGAAAAGGAAUAUCGUAAUGAUCGAGAUUAUAGAGAAGAUGUGAGAAAAGAUCGAGAAAAAGAAAGAAGACGAUAUUAAAUGAAACGUUUAAAUCAUAAUGAAAAUAAAAUUAAGAUUUUUUAAAACAAGAUUGUCUUUUAAAUUAAAACACUAUGUCUAUAGCUCUGAAAUGUUUUCCAUACAAAUGUUAAAGUAAAAA